CCGCCACCGCCGCCCCGGCCAUGGCGGAGGGGCCGCCGUACGGCGGGGGGCAGCUGGCGGGGGGCGCGGCGGGGGGCGAGCUGCCCUUCCCCGUGCCCCUCCGCCACGGCCCCGACGCGCUGCUGGCGGCCGGGCAGGGAAAGCGGCCCCCCAAGCUGGGGCAGAUCGGGCGCAGCAAGAGAGUGGUUAUCGAAGACGAUAGGAUCGACGACGUGCUACAAAACCUCACCGAAAAGGCCCCUCCCGGCGUGUAAAUGUCCCCCCCUCGGGAGGGAUUUUCUGCUCUCUGAGGUUAUCGGCCAAAAUCCCAGCGGCGCCGGCGUGAGGACGAGCGGCUCAGAAUCCCCCCAAUCCACUGCAAAAUUAACACCGACAAAUAAGAACAAAAAAAAAUCAAGAACAAAAACAUCAUCUUCAUCAUCCCCCCCCCCCUUCCAACCACUCCUAAAUGCCCCCCGAUGCUGUUCAGCCGUGGGGCCGCCCCAUGGGGGUCCCGAUCCCCUAUUUUCAGGCGGUGGAACCCAAGCAAAGGUUCCCUUCCCGGCUCUCCGUUCCUUUUGGUUUUUCAUUUGAUGUCUUUGGAUGUUGGCGAAUGCUAUAAAACCUAUAGAUCUCCCCGUUUCGUUUUGAGGUUGACAAAGGGGUUGGGGUGGGGGUGGGGGGGAAAGAAACUUUUAUAAAGGGAUGGGGUUUGUUUGAUGGGGGGUUGGGGGGUGAAUGGGGUUUUUAAUUGACUGGCGCUUGCACAAGGGAGCGAUGGGAGGAUGUCUAUGGGGUGGCAGCUUUCCUUACAGCCGUGCAGUGUGGUGUGGGUGACCUUCGUUUGGUUCCUUUCUCUUCUCUCGUGGCGUUUCCCUUCUCUCUCACAGACCGUCUGUAAGGAAACCGGAUUCUCAACUGCUGUCAUCCCGAGUGCCAAAACGCGGGGCUCCGUCGGGCUCUUGUGGGGUCUUUUUUCUUUCUCCUUCUCUUUUUAAUUCUUCAUUUUUAACUAUUUCGCAUGAGAUGCAAAAAAAAAUAUAUCUAUAUAAGAAAAAAAAAAGGGAAAAAAAAUAAGAUAUAUAUAUAUAUAUUCCCCUCUUGUGAUGAGGGUGAUUUUUGUUGUAUGUUCGCGGCUCGGAAUGAUGGAGCGCGGCCGGGUGUCCUCUCCUCCUUUAUGGGAAUAUCGUGUCUGGUGCACUGUCCUCCACACACAGGGCUAUUUCUGCAAUGAUGUACCAAUAAAAAAAGGGAAAAUGAGACAAAAGGA